GGCGGAUCUGCAAUAUCUCCAAGCGGAGAGAAUCACUUCGACGAUAAAUAUCUUCCGACGGUCGACCAAAUUCGUGGUGGUUGUAAUGGAUGCUAAUAGAGCUAGUAAAAGUUGUCGAUGGACAAACGAUAGGCACCUUCAUUUUUUGAAAUCUGUAGAGGCUACGUUCGUUCGAACAGUACUAGAGGACGGCGGUGGUGGCGGUCGUCUUCUUCGGAUGGAUCGGUACUUGCCGGAUAGUUGCGAAUCGACUUUAGACUCGAAGACGACGAGUUGUAUGAAGCGAAGAAAAAGGCAUUUUCCGUCAGAUAAUUUGGAAACGAGCAUAAGAGUCAGAAGAUUACGCCUCCAUCCAUUCUAUCCUUCAUCUCAAGACGAUCAGGUAGUUCCAGAGAUAAAACCGGCAAACAUUAAUGAUAAAAAGUGGAGCAAUUCGUCAUCGUCAUCCUCUUAAAAAGCAUGCAUGCAUCAUUCAAUUCACCGAUGGAGAUGAGAUUUUGUUUUUGAUGUAAUGUAGGCAACAACGAGUUGCUGCUAAUUGUUUGGAUAUUUAAAUUACUUAUUAAUUAAUUAAUUAAUUAAUCCAUUGA